AUGACUGACAUCGUCUCGAGUAUCCUCGGACCUCUCGCGGAGAAACUGGCUUCAUCGGCUGUUGAAGAAAUUCAGCUGGUAUGUGGCGUCAAGGAUGAUCAAGAGAAGCUCAAGAACACGCUAGAGAUGAUCCAGGAGGUGCUCGCCGAUGCUGAGCAGAAGCAAACAAAAAAUGAAGCUGUGAGGCGUUGGCUGUCGAAGCUUAAAGACUUCUGUUAUGAUGCUGAGGACGUACUAGACGAAUUCGAAGCCGUGGCAUUGUGGAGGCGAGCAAGGUCGACCGAGCGCUCGACCCUCAGAAGGAAGGUACGCUACUUGUCCUCGUGGCCAUCCAACUCGAUUUUCCAGUUUAAGAUGGCGCAUAAAAUGAAAGAGCUGAGAAAGAGACUCGAUGGGAUCAAUGAAGAGAAAACUCAGUUCAACUUGUUGAGUAAUGUUCAAGAAAAGACUAUAGUUCCGCGGAGGGAAACUCAUUCUUUUGUACCCGCUUCGAAUGUGAUUGGAAGAGAUGAAGAAAAGGAAAGGAUAAUAAAGUUGUUGAUAAGGUCAGAUGAUGGUGGAGCUGGAAAGAUAGCAGUCAUUCCGAUUCUUGGAAUGGGGGGUACCGGAAAGACCACUCUCGCUAAAUUGGUAUACAAUGAUGACAGUGUAAACGAACAUUUCGAUCACAAAGUUUGGUUAUCCAUGCCAGUAGAAUUCGAAGUUAAGAAGACAAUAAGAGACAUCAUCGAGUCCCUUGGAGACAAAGAAAAUAGUGAUAGACUUGAAAAGCUGCAAGAACGCCUAAGAGACCUCGUGAAGGACAAAAAGUGUUUGUUCGUAAUGGACGAUGUUUGGGAAAUGAGGAGGGAGGAUUGGGUGGGACUGAGAGAUUUGUUAGGGGGCGUUUCCGAAGGGAGUAAAGUCAUCGUGACUUCGCGGAUUAAAUCGAUCGCCGAAAUCAUGGGCACUGUCCCCCCGCUUCAUUUGGCCAACCUUUCAGAGGAGGAAUCUUUGACAUUGUUCGUGAAGUGCGCGUUCGACCAAGGGCAAGAGCAGAAUCACCCGGACCUUAUGGUGAUCGCCAAGGAAAUCGUGGGCAAGUGCGGGGGAAAUCCUCUGGCGGUGAAGACUUUGGGAUGCUUGUUGUAUUCACAGAAAAAGAACCGGGGCAACUGGGAACGCGUAAGAGAUAGUGAGACGUGGCAAUUACCAAAUGACACGUUAACUUCACUGAGAAUAAGCUACGAUCUAAUGCCGUCUUACUUGAAACGAUGUUUCGCUUAUUGCUCGAUAUUCCUGAAGAACCAGGAGUUCUUCAACCUCGAUCUGAUCCAACUGUGGAUCUCCAACGGGUUUAUCCAAUCCGGCGGAAAUAACCAGGAGCUGGAAGAGAUUGGACGGCAGUACUUGGAGGAGCUGUGGUCGAGAUCCUUCUUCGAUGUUGUCAUGGAAGACUAUCCGUUUCUGAGCUUCCGAAUGCACGACCUCAUUCACGAGCUUGCCAUUUCUGUGGCACAAACCGAAUCGUCCAACAUGAAAGUGCGUGCACAGGAUAUUUCCCCGACGACUCGGCAUGUAUCAUUUCCGGACCCACCUCUUCUACCAAAAGAUGAAGUAAGCCGCUGCUUGAGCAAACUCAGCGGCGUUCGUACCAUCUUCUUGUCUGAAAGGGGUUCCUCUGGGGAGUUCUUUCUGGAGAGGUGCAUUUCGCGAUUCAAGCACUUGCGAGUGCUAUGGCUAGAGGAGUCUAGCUUCGACCAGCUGCCUAGUUCCAUUGGCGGUCUAAAGCAUUUGAGGUGUCUUAGUUUACGCUGCAACUUCAAUAUCAAGAAACUCCCCAAAUCGAUCUGCGAGCUUCGCAAUCUGCAGUGCUUAGACCUUGUCGGGUGCACGGAACUCGAGGAAUUGCCUGCAGACAUGAAGAACAUGAUCAGCCUCCGCGUUUUGUGGAUAAACACGAAACAGCAGCGUCUCCCGGAGAGUGGAAUAGGAUGCUUGACCUCUCUGCGGUGGCUCUCCAUUGGAGGGUGCGAUAAUUUGGAGGCCUUGUUCGAUGAUAUCCAAUCGCUCACGUCGCUCCGUAAGUUGCUCAUUACAUUUUGUCCGAAGUUGGCCUCCUUACCACAAGGCAUCAAGAAUCUGAAGGCAUUGGAGGAUCUCUGGAUUGUCGAUUGCGAGAACUUGAGGCUGCCAGAAGGCGAAAGUAACGAGCCAAGCUCCAUGUCGAGGCUUCUAUCCAUCAGAUUCAAGGGAUUACCGGAACUAGUUUCUUUCCCAGGGUGGCUCGAAGGUUCUACAAGUACGCUGGAGAGGAUAAGAAUUGAGGAUUGUCCCAACUUGAGUGAAUUGCCCGAGUGGCUGCAAAAUUGUUCUUCUCUGAGAGAACUGGAGAUUAAGAAAUGUCCUGGGUUGACCUCCUUACCACAAGGCAUCAAGAAUCUGAAGGCAUUGGAGGAUCUCUGGAUUGAAGACUGCGACAGCUUGAGGCUGCCAGAAGGCGAAAGUAACGAGGCAAGCUCCAUGUCGAGGCUUCAAACCAUCAGAUUCAAGGGAUUACCGGAACUAGUUUCUUUCCCCGGGUGGCUCGAAGGUUCUGCAAGUACGCUGCAGAAGAUAAGAAUUGAGGAUUGUCCCAAAUUGAGUGAAUUGCCCGAGUGGCUGCAAAAUUGUUCUUCUCUGAGGAGAAAAGUGGAGAUUAAGGAAUGUCCUGGGUUGACCUCUAUACCAGAUGGCGUUCGCCGCAUUGCCACGUUGACAGAGCUGCGGAUAAUUGAUUGCGAGGGAAUUGAGCAGGGCAGCGACGUUGAAGAAGAAGAUAAUAGCGAAUAA